AUGACGUGCCCUCUCUCGCUUGUAAUACCUAUAGAGAUUGAGUUAUGUCUACAUGAGAUCCGUGCUGCGAGAGCCGGUGUCGAGAAUACCACAUACAAAUACCGACUACAAACGGAUACUGUUUUAUUGUUACUAGAGUUUUAUUAUACCCACUUGGAAGAAGAAAAUUCCUUUUCUCCGUGA